UGUUGUUACACCGUCGAGGAACCAGUCGCCUUUCGGUUCACGGUCUUUCUCUCCGUCGCUUUUUCUGCUGUUCUACAACUGCAACUCCUACCGUAUACCGUAUAAUCUUCCUCUAGAUCUGAUUGUCAUAAUCGAAAGAUAAUUUUCACGGCAAAAAUCGCGCGACUCUCGCAAAGGUGAUAAAUUUCAAAGGAAUUUUCGAUCGGGUUUUUGAUCGAUUUCGGUGGACCUUGGACGGGCGCGCGCGAUCCCUGGACCAAGACCGAACAGUUCACGCACACAUCCAGCCGUGCACCUCUCCGCGAUUCGAUCUCCGCCGAAAAGGUGUGCAGAGUACAUCUACCUGUAGCCCGAGUGCCCGGUAAAUACCUGUACGCGCGCGAGAGCAGAAGCCGAGAGUUCCUCGGUGUAUUGUGUGUAGAACUGUUGGCGUCCCGCUCCGGUCGGGUAGGAACAAAAGAGAGGCCGAACCGAGCCGAAGCUGUUGCGUCACUGUAUUGGUCGUCGUCGUCAUCAUCGUCAUCGGGUGCAGAACAUCUUCUUUAGGCACCGGACCGGACCAGCAGCAGCAAACAGCCCAAGAAGGACGUCGUCAUCGCCGCCGACGUCGCUCGUCAGUCAGUCGAUAACGCGAUUUUCCCGCAAAACGUUCUCUCUGUGCCGUCUAGCGCUGCCGAUUUAAUAUUAUUAUAUUCAAUCAAUUCAAUCCAAUUCACCAAGCUCAUUAUUACCACACACACCGUCACUCAACAUUCGUGCCGCCGUCAGUUCUUGAGUAUCGUCGUGCUUUUUCCCAAAAUCACAAAUCCCAAUUUCCUCAACUCCGCGCAAAGUUUCGGGAAGCUCCGGGAAGUGCCCUGACCGAAGUGUGUGAGAUCGCAAGAUCGGUUCUUCGCCGCCAAACACGUCGAACGCGUUUUCGCAACCGUUGUGAACACUUGCGCCCCCCUCUCGAAGUGCUGCGUACGUUCGGCUUUCCGAGGUCACGCUGAACUCCGUACGAAAAAAGUGCUCACCGCCGAAGAGUUCGCGAAGUGUUCUGUUGGGUGUUCUGAAAAGUUCCAACCAAGAAUUUCGCUCUGUAGUGCGUCCGGUAACAAGUCCAGCUCCACGACUCCAGUCAGUUCACGGGAAGAAGAAGUAGCAGAAGAAGAGCGAGAGAAGUGUGAUCUUCCCAAUCCCUAAAGUCCCAAAUCUCAAAAAUACCCUGAGGAAGCGAACCGAAACGUUGGACAAGAGAAACGGUGCGUCGUGCUGUGUUGUGCGAAAAGAGGCUUGCCAUUUCCGGUAGAAUUCUUGACCUAUCAGAAGAUUUAACCGCGUGCGGAGAUUCGCCGUGACACGACACAAAACCAACUGAAAACAUAAAGAAAACGACAACAGGAGAUUGUGUGCAAUUUAUAAAAAAAAAGUAAUUAACUAAACGUUUAAAGUAAGAUUUACACACUAAAGUAUACCUGAUCGCAAGAGAAAGACAGAGAGAAGCGAAGAUUUUAGAACAAUCACUCGUCAAUCGGAAAGCGGUUGAGUUUGUGAAUUAAAAGGCAAUUUUGUUGAGAUUUGUUUUUGUUUUAGUAAAACAGUAAGAGAAAUUAGGUAAAAUAAAAGGGGUAAAAUUACCGAAAGAUAGUUAAGCCGUUGCUCAAUAGUUAAGCGAGAGGAUAUUUUGUGAGCGUUUUAACCAAAGAUUUUCUGUCUUAGAGAUUCAAUCGUCGUCGUCGUCGUUGUCGUCGUCACCAUAUCGUUGUGAGAUUUUUUCCCCGUUUAAACUGUGCAAUAGAGGCCCAAAUAAGGCUUCAAAAAAUCUUAGAGAAACCACGAUCUAGCGGUCCUAGAUCAAUACCUAAGCAUACUUAAGUAGUCGCCAAACGAGAGACAAUCAACAUAUCAAAGGAACGGUUCGUGUAUAUCAAGUUUGUACGGCUAGCUGGUCCGGGUUCUGACUUUGAUAAGUCCACGUAGUAGCGAAGAGAGGCCACAGAAGAGGUCCACAGGAAAACUUGUUUUCUCGUCUUGUUCUCCCCGCGUCCGCGUAUUCUUCCGAAGGAAUCCCGCGCGUCGUCAUCGUCAUCCACAUCCCGUCCCAUCAUCUCUCGCAUCCAUUCCGCACACACUAAUUGUGUCCCGUGCCGUUGUGUGAGUGAGCGAACGGAGUGAUCAACCCGAAAAACUCCGCGUAAAGUGUCCGCCGGAGACGAAGACGAAGAGCGACGAAGAAGUAGCAAUUGUUUACACCGCGAUCGCCGGACUUGAUCGGAAAGAAGUCGAAGAACUCUUCGCGCGAAGAAGAACCGGUUAUUCACAUAAUCAAAAAUAAUUACAAUCAAUACACAGACGGCUUGGUCUUGGUCGUGAACUCUCCCGUUCUGUAGUAGUAGGGUUGAUCGCGCGUCUCUUCUUUGACUUUGGCUGGAGAACGACUCCCCUCGAGUUCUCGGUUCUCGGCUAGCACCGCUUAUUAUAGAUAAAACAGGAAGAACGCGCGCCAAGGUGCGGACCGCAAAGAAGAAGCUAUUCUCCUGUUCUCUGUUGUCUAGUUUCGUGACCGAAGUCAGAUCCAUUUCCACACACGCAGAAACAGUGCUUGGUCGGUGUAUUUUUAGAAGAUUUCCAAACAGAGUUCCGGCGAGUUGUUGUUGCGAGAGUGUAGAGGAACGAAUGUGAGCAAGUGCGAGUGCGAAGAAUAGAGGAAAUAAUUAUCUAGAAUCAUAAAAGUAUUGAAGCCUAGGCUUAGUGAGGAGUAGACGAGAGGAGUUUACUAGAAUUUUUUGCGCUAGAACAAUCACACAGAAUAACAGACAAUUUUAGACGUUAAGGCCCUCAUAGGCGUUAGGAGAAAGCGUUUUGACAAUCAAUUCAAUCGCUGUUCAGACCAAUCCGGACUUCGAUCAGUCGUCCGGUUAUCGAGUCGUGUUUCCAAACUCUGACAAUCUCUAAAAAUUUCUAAAUCUUUACAAUCUCCCGUAGGAAGUUAUACACUUUAGAACCUUACACAUAUCUAAUACGUAGUUGGCGAAUCGUCGCAUCGACCGCCCUCCUCAAUCUCAAGACAAUCGCUCUAAAACCUUCGACAAUCUCUUGUAUCUCUUUGUAUUUCCGCCUCUGGGAAGGCACCAUUAGCAAGUAAACUAGCUCGUAAGACAACAUAAAGUUUAACCACACAGAGUUCAAUUACGUUAGAUGCAAUCGAGUUAAUCGAAGACUACAGCCAGUCAAUCCGAGCAACUCGCGACCAUUCACGUCACCACGUAUUUCCGACCGGGUCCGAUCUUCUGUCCCCCCUUUAUAUCGCCACCGCCACCGCCGCUAGGUGCCGCCGUAGCCGCCGUCACCUCGCUGCCCUCCGUAGUCAGCCAACCGCCGCCGCCACCUCAACCUCAGCCCCAGUUCGGUUCGAAUCCUUCCUUGCCUCCUCAACCCUACCAUCACCCAGCGCAUCAGUUCGCGUCUCCUCUGUACCCGCCCAGUUCCCAUUCGACCCCGCCCUCGACCCCCUGUUGUAACGCCGCUCAACAGCUGUGCUACUGCGGUCACUGUAGCUAUCCACCGAGUAGCAUUCCACCAACGCUGAUCCUCAGCCGCUUCACCGAGAUCAAUCUCGGUCCGCAGCACUACCAACAGCCAACAGGCGCCACCGCCACCAUCGGAUCCCUCAGCGGAAGCGAGCCCAGUCUCAACAUUCCCACCGGCAAAGAAAUCAUGCGCGGUAGCGACGAACUCCUCAGUCAGGCAGCAGUCAUGGCACCAGCAUCGGACAACAACAACCAGGACCUGGCCACCAAGAAGGCCAAGCUGGAACCGAACACAGUGAUCGGCGUCGGAGCUAUCACCAAACCAUCGCGGGUGGUCCACAUCCGGAACAUCCCGAACGAAUCGAGCGAGGUGGACGUCAUGCACCUGGGAGUCCCAUUCGGACGCGUUACCAACGUCCUGGUCCUCAAGGGCAAGAACCAAGCCUUCCUGGAGAUGGCCGACGAAACUGCCGCCACUAGUAUGGUCACCAUGUUCACCGCCACGCCCCCAAUCGUACGCGGCCGGACAGUCUACGUGCAGUUCAGCAACCACCGGGAGCUGAAGACCGACCAGAACCAUACGGCCACCAACGUCACCCUGCAAACUCAGGACCUCACGCAGUCCCCGACGGGAUCGCCACUGCCACUGGCACUCGACCAUGCCAACACCAACUCGAACCCCGGAACCGGAACGGUCGGCGGGACCCUGGGCGGUGCCACGACCCAGGGCGGACCCAACACCGUGCUGCGGGUCAUCGUCGAGUCGCUACUGUACCCGGUCUCGCUGGACAUCCUGUACCAGAUUUUCCAACGGUUCGGCAAGGUGCUCAAGAUUGUCACCUUCACCAAGAACAACUCGUUCCAGGCCCUGAUCCAGUACCCGGAUGCAGCCACUGCCCAGCUCGCCAAGCAAACCCUGGACGGGCAGAACAUCUACAACGGGUGCUGCACGCUGCGCAUCGACAACAGCAAGCUCACGUCCCUGAACGUUAAGUACAACAACGACAAAUCGCGGGACUACACCAACCCGACGUUGCCGUCCGGUGAACCCGGCAGUGACGUCAUCGCUAGUGCCGGUGGCCUGGUGUCGGCCGGCGAUUUGCUUCUGCUGGCAGCCGGCCAGCGUCCGCAGCUGGCCCGGGAUCGACUAGUCAAAUUAGACAAAUCUCCCUAUUUUCUAGUGAACGGCUUAGCAACGCCCGGUGUCAUUCCACCGUUUGGUCUAGGUCUGGGAACGCCGGCUCUGGCCAGUGCCUACGGUGGCGCCCUGCCCAACCUGGGUGCAUUUGCCCUGGCCUCGAACGGUGCCCUCGGAACGCCCAACCCGUCCGUUCUGCGAGGACUCUCCAACGUACUGCUGGUGUCCAAUCUCAACGAGGAGAUGGUCACGCCUGAUGCUCUAUUUACCCUCUUUGGGGUGUAUGGUGAUGUACAACGUGUAAAGAUACUCUACAACAAGAAGGAUUCAGCACUCAUCCAGAUGGCUGAACCUCACCAAGCGUAUUUGGCUAUGACCCAUUUGGACAAGCUCCGCAUCUGGAACAAGACGAUCCGCGUAAUGGCCAGCAAGCAUCAGGCGGUGCAGCUGCCCAAGGAGGGCCAACCAGACGCCGGUCUGACCCGGGACUACGCACAGAACCCGCUCCAUCGGUUCAAGAAGCCCGGCAGCAAAAACUACCAGAACAUCUAUCCACCGUCUGCCACACUGCAUUUAAGCAACAUUCCAGCUACCGUCACCGAGGAGGAGAUUAAAGAAGCCUUCACCAAAAACGGCUUCGAAGUCAAAGCUUUCAAAUUUUUCCCCAAGGACCACAAGAUGGCUCUGAUACAGCUCAGCUCGAUCGAGGAAGCCGUGUGCGCGCUGAUCAAGAUGCACAACUACCAGCUCUCGGAAUCGAACCAUCUACGUGUCAGUUUUUCCAAAUCCAACAUCUAAGUGCAAUCCGUGGCGUCAAUCAAUGGCGGCUGCUUCUGCACACCCAUCAACCAGUUUAAUAAUAGUAUCCAACAACCGGAUGAUGACACCUACACACACAUGCAUCCAUCGUCAUCAUCGUCGUCUAGUGCAUAGAAUUCAUCAUCAAUCAAUCAUACUUCGUUCUUUAGAGGAUAGAAUUUAAGGAAGAACCCCCGAAACUUGCUCUCAGCCCCUCAAUACACAGCAUACACUGAACCGAAACACUGGUUUGAUUUAGGAUGGAUUACCGAUUGACUGAAUCAGUAAGAAGUUCACACACUCACUCACACACACAGAGCAGCCGAGCGAGCAGAUGAGACUGAUGGAUCGAUUUUGGGAAGCGGACAGGAGAAAAGAAGUUGCACGUUGUUACAGAAGGGAAUGAGAAAGAGGGAAUGGAAGGACAGGUCGAGUUCGUCGUCAUCUCUUACACACUUACACACAAACAAACAAGCAUACCACUAGAAAGUACCACUUUAUGGAAUGAAGAAUCAAAUCUACCCACUAGUACUACUAUACUUUAAAAAAAAAUCUACACACCUAAAAAUGAAUCUUUUCUCAGUAGUUGUUGUACACCGCAAAAGAAGCAUCAAUAACGCGUUUGCUGCGCCAUUGCUCUGAUUGAAAUGUAAACAAAAAUGCGUUGACACACCGAAAUGGGGCUUGGCCAAAAACACACAAACACAAGAAGAAUCCUAAACUGAAACAAAAAAAAAAACAAAUGUAAAUUGAAAAUGUGUAAUCUGUUUACCUUAGAACAAGAAGAUGAUAACAAGAAGCGUUAAAUGGGAACAAAUUAUACCUAUAACAAAAAAAAAAACUAGAAGAAAACUAAACUUAUCAGUUCAGAGGAAACAAAGAACACAGGUGUAGAAAAAAAACAUAAAAGAAAAAGGAUACUAGGAAGUUGGUGUGGCAGAAAUUAGAAAGAGAAAAAGAGACACUCACACAAACACACAGGAAGAAGCUGUAGCAAAAUGUAUUUAAAUGUACAUCCUUAAAAUGGAAGCAAGUAGUUGAAUUUUCAAAUGCGUGUUGAAUCAAAAAUAAAGAAGAAACCUUUAAUCUAGCAGAGCAGAUCUGAAAAUCCUUUUGAAUAGUAUCAAUUUAAAAAAAAAUCAAACAACAAAGAACGCAAAACCUGCGAUUCAGCGGCGAGACGCAUUUUCCCGCGCAAACAUUCGGAUUUUACUUCCAGUUUUCUCUCAGUUUAUAUAGACACUCUAAACUAAAACACCUAGCUAAUGUGCUACAUUUAGAAAUUUACGAUUACUACUUUUAAUCUCUUAAAAAAAAUCAAACUAUUCUUUACGUAUAUGUGAAACGAAAAAAAAUGUGAAUUAUGAAUCUUGGUGGCUGGUUUUUAUUUUACUGUUUGUGUUAGAUUUUACCUAUUUUUAGCCUAUACUACCUUAAUUAGUCUAUUUCCCCCUAUUUUUUAUUAUUAAAAUGCAAUCACACUCACACAUUUACAAGUAUGGCGACGAUCUGUUACAAACACAUAUAUAGGAAAAGCGCGAGAACGAGAGAGAGACAGAGAGUAUGCGUGAGCGAGGAAGCGAAGCAACGCGCGAGCAGGAGCAGGAGGAGGAGUUCGAGGGAACUCGAAGGAAAACAAUUACACUACUGUAUUAUUAACAGAUAGUUAGAGUCUAGUUUAUGGAAUAUUUUUUUUUUAUUUUUACAAUUUAUUAUAUUUAAAUUUAUGAAGGAGGAUAAAUGAAAAUGGCACGGAAAUAUGCAAAGCAAACGCAGAGGAAUAAAGCGAAACGACGAAUAAUUUCCAGUAUUGUUUAAUUGUAGAAUUGUUAUCGAUUGACGCGGAUUGAAAAGUGGGCGGGGUCAAUAGAAGGGAAGGCGGGAUUCAAUAGUCCCAAAGCGGGAAGUUAAAUUUAAGGGGAGAAGGCCCCGUCUUUCACCCCGACGACGAUCGACCGUUAUUUACACUCUCAGUCUAAGUUGUAGUUAUUUAUACCGACACAUUUACAUAUUUAGUGUGUAAGAGGCAGGGAAGAAGGUAGAACCGGGUGAAAUUCGUUUUUUGUCUGUCUUAGUUGCAAUAGUUUCCACCGCGAGGUCGCAGGGAAUCGACCGAUCAAACAAACCGCGUGGACGUGGCCGAGGGCAAAGAAUCUCAGGUAUAGAACCGUUCACCCUGAUGGCGACGCGGCGCUUUGCGGGUAUAACGGCCUUGCGGUGGGGAACUUCCAGGCGGCGAUCGGUCGCUAGGAAUAAACAUCGUGAUUGUGAUUGUCGAAUCAUUUAAUUUAGAACGGUAAUUGUAAAUUUGUAAGGGUUAAAAAAUAUUGCUCGAAUACGGUUUGGAAACGAAGGGAUACGGAGGUAUGGAAUUGGUAUCCCCUCAAACGAAGGUCGCUUCCCGCCUCCGGGAAAAAUGUGAUUUGCUUUGUGAUCAUUUGCCAAAUAGAAUGCGCGUGUGUCUAACGAAACAAGAAGAAGAAAAGAUUUGCUGGAACGCUCCAAAAAUUUCCUUCUAUCACUGCGUUUUCUCCCUCCUGCUAUCUUUAUUUUUUACGAACAAAAAUCGCAUAAAACAUCUUAUUGCAAAUAAAAACAUCGAAUUUGGUUUGAGCCUAGCAAAUACCUUUUGCGUUUGUCUUUAUGCGUUCAGCCGCGUGAAAAGCACUUGCACCGAUAAGGCGGGAUCGUAUUCCGUCCCGCCGGUGCUCUUUCCCCGAAAGUGAGACGAAACACGUGUCAAAUAAAACAGGUAAUAAAAGCCCGUUGCGGUGCGAUGAGAGAGAGCGAGAAAAUCAAUCAUAUUUUGUAACGGACAAACACUGCUGCAAACAAUCAUUCGAAUGCAUGACAGGAGAUGUGAGAGCGAAUGUGAAAGAGAGAACGAGCGAGACGAAAAUGCGUGACAAUUCAUCAUAUGGAAAAAAGGUUCUCUCACACACACACGUGGAAAAAAAACGCGGACCGAAACAAACCCUAAUGACAGACGGCGAUAGUAGGCGUUGCAUUUUUUGAGCUUAAUGAAGAAAGUAAGAGCGAAGUAGGCGAGAAGGAGAGAAAGUCGUAGGCCUACGUCAAAAAUCAGUUAAUUAUAUAUGGAAGAAUCUGAGCGCAACAAAGCAUUGGAAGCCGGUGGAAAUCAUAGUAAAAUUAAACUAUAAAAAGUGGUGAUUAAAUCAUUAAAAUAGUUUUUUAUGAUUAUUAUAAUAAACAAAGGUAUAUUAAAUACUAUAUAUUUAGAGUAUUAAUCUACAUAUUAAAAAAUGCAAACCAAGUGUAAAGCCGAGAACGCGGGGUGAUCCAAAUUCAAAGGAAUGGUAAUCGUAUAAAUAAAUGGGUAAUUACAAAAGCUAGGAAAAAUUGAACAAAAAAUAUUUACACAAAUACAGAAUAACGCGGAAGGCGAGCAAAGGUGACAGCAGUUUACACAGAAGAACAUAAGAAACAAGCAUGACACAAGUGAAAAACAUACGAACCCGGAGCCCGCCUGUCAUCGUGUGGCGCUAAGAAACGGCGAUCCAAGGGCCAAAAUGCAAGGGCAAGCAAAGCAGACAGACAGAGAGAGAAAUUCGAAUAAUGAAUAUGAGAAAUCUCGACAAUCAGAUGAUGUUAUAUUUUAGCGAUAAAUCUUUAAUCUUCAAUCUCUAUUAUUAUAUACUAUUGUGAAUGAAACAAAAUAAAAAAAAAAAACAAACAACAGAAACAAACAAGGAAAGACGUGAACAUUUUCUUAUUAUACACUCUUACACAUAACCACUAACACCCACACACACAACAAGCCAACGGAAACAAUCUUUGACAACAAAGGCGCUAUGACAUAAGUGAAUCUGUCAAAAUUUGAGAUUUUCCAGCUGUGUCACACCCCUUUGUUGACAAAUCAGAACUUUUCACACACGCUCCAGUGGAAUCAACCAAGCGUGUGGGUAAAAUUUCUUCACACUCUAAAACAGAAACACACUGAAAUAGAUACCCACACACAGAUAAAUCAAGUAAAUGGAUAUCAACUAAACUAUAUCUUAUUAGCUAUGUACUAGUAGAGCGCAGCGUUUGAGCAUUGCGAAGCAAAAAUCGUUGACAUAACCCUCUUCUUUACUCGUAAUUAUUCGCGCCUUCUAAAGGAUGGAGAAACACGUAUCUUAUAUUUUUACAUUACCUUUGAUUUACGCACGUACACAAACACAUUUAUAUGCUACUACUAACUGUUAAGAAGACACACACACCCAUACAAACAGACAAGCUUACACUCUAAAUUGGAACCGCACCCCAUCUUUAAUCUUCUUCUUAGUUGUUAAAGCUGUAAAGAAAAAUCAGAAAUAUCAACGCGGAAGGAAUGAGAUCGCUGAACAGACAAAGACAGGGACACAUCCAGAGAGAAAAACCGUGUGAAAAGGAAGCAACGCGAUUUUCGCGAGGGAGAGGGAAUAAAAGAGAUUUCAAAACCACAACACACACUAAACUGGAAACGAUCAAAACUCGUGUUAUCGAUGCUAGCCAAAAGAUGUCGUUAGGAGAGAUGUUUUUUUUAGUUUAGAGUAAAUUUAGAUGCCAGACAUGAAGUGAAUAUGGUAAAAUACAACAGAACUGUUUAUUUAGUGUUAAAUCUAAGUGUUACACACAGUAAAACAAAGAAAAAA